UCUUCUCUCGCUGCCAACCAUCGUGAAACUCUAAAUUGGCUGCGCUGUGCACAACGCCAGGUGUCUCUCCACAUCCCCCACGCUACUACUACCGCGCCAGCUUGCCCACGCUACUCCCUCGCGGAAUCCCUGUCAGCGACCGAGCCCCCAGUCGCCCGUGUGGUCAAAACCCCCUGCUGUUUGACCAGCCUUCGUGAAGACGACCGCCCAAAAAAAUUCCACUUUGUCCGCUUCUUCGCCCGGCCCCUACGGCUCAGCUCGUGACCAGUGCUUCGUUCCCCCCCCUUGCCCUUCCGCCGGUGGAUAUGUUUGGAUCGUGGUCACGGACCGCGCGCGACCAUUACUUCCUCCCGAUGACCAAGCCAUCGCCAUCGGCCGCCCAAGGCGGCAAAGCACAACCUGCCGGCUCUCAAAGUGGAGCAGCGUUGCGUAGCGAGCUCAUGUUCGCGAAUUGGCAAACGGCGACGGUGGCGGUGGCGAGCAAAAGCGUGCACGGGGACACACUCGACGCACCCAACAUGGACUCCUUCCCGACGGUGCCUGCGCUAGGCAUUGACGUUCUCCCCAAGGGCGUCCUCCCCUCGCCGUCGGUCCCCCGCUCGGCCUCUCACCCAACACGGCCACCAACAUGUUUGUCGACUCCAUUCUCGGCCCCGGGCCAGGCCAUCCCACAGCAGGCACCGCCUACGGCGCGUUGACCACCCCGCUGCCGUCUGCACCGACCUACAACAGCGACUCCGCCACCGCAAACUCACAAGCCGACGUCCCUGCCGAGUCGAAGAAGAACUCGGCGUCGGCAAACUCGUCGUCCCCGCGCCCGUCGCGUCAGGCCAAGGCCAAGGCCAAUUCCAAGAUCGCCGCCUCGGCCUCGGUCCCGCCGCCGCCGUCGAACAUCACCAUCCCGACCAUGCCGCUGGUGCCAUCGUCGGUCACAGAAGCCAUUCCCGUCGUCGUCUCGUCGGGUACCAACCUGACCGACGAGGACGUUGUCGGCGUCAACGCCAUCACCGUCAAGGAGGUCAAGAAGACGCUGACCCGUCGCGAGCGGAACCGCGUCUCGGCGAAGAACUCGCGCAAGAAGAAGAAGGCCCAGCAGGCCGCGCUCAGCGAGCAGAUCGACGAGCUCAAGUUGAAGCUACAGACGCUGCAGGACAAGUACGACACCGUCGUCGCCUCAGAGGCCGCCCUCAAAGAAGAAAAUGCUUACCUCAACUCGGUCCUGCACUCGCAGUCGGAACUCGCCGACCUGCUCGUCGACAUCAAGCCGCGCCUCAUGGCCGCCUCUCGCAAGCGCAAGCGCGACGCCGCCGUCUUGGGCCUUCCCGAAGCCGCCGCGCCCUCCGGGCCGCCUGCCGUCUGCCUCACCGUCUCUACUGGCGGCGACGUCGCGCUCGAGGCCUGCCACACCUGCGCCGCUGCCGCCUCUUCCGAUCCCAAGCUGGCCGUCGACUCGCAGCAGCCGCCGACCAAGAAGCAGUGCAAGAAUGACAAGGCCGGAUAAGCUACCGCCGCCGCAACAUUCACUGGGUGUGCUAGGCAAGUGCGGCCUGAUGAUGGCGUGAGCCUCCACUCGGCCCCCCCGCCCCCGCCCACCACCCCUCCCUGUUCGCUCUUGUGUUCUCUCUGCCGCCGCAUCGCCUUGGAUUUCGAACCCAAGCUUGGUACACAUAGACACACAACCACACAAAGAUAGACAUUAACAUGAGAACAAGAGUGCC